UUGUAAUUAAUCGUGCCUUGAUAAAUCAGUUUUUGUAUUGUUAUUAUUUUCUUGUCACGUUAUCAUUUGCAGUUCUGUAGAUCGUGUCAUAAAACAAAUCAAAUCAGUGCUUUCUAGAAAAUGUUAAAGUUUGAAAUUGUAUCGUCGCGAACAGUGGAGGGCGUCGACAACGAAAAAAAAUACGUUGCUUACAUGCUACAAGUGAGACAAGAUUCUACUGGAUCUAGUCUUUUUGACCCUGAUCCUGCAAAUGUAGAAAGGAGAUACACUCAUUUUUUAGAUUUAUAUAAUGGCCUAAAAAAAGAAUGUCCCGCUUUGAUUGGCAGUCUCUCGUUCCCACGUAAGAUCGUGGUCGGGAACUUUGAACCAAAUUUGAUAUCUACAAGGGGAGCUGCCUUUCAAUCGUUGUUAGAUCUGAUAGCUUCUGAGUCACGCUUACGAGAUACAUCAGCAGCAAUAGCCUUUUUCCAAGACAUUGAACUUAAAGAGGCAAGAAAGUUAAUUGAUGAAGGGAAAUUUGACCAAGCUUUGUCUAUCUUAGAAACAAGUUUCAAGUUACUCAACAAGGUAUACACAGACAGAUCAAGAGUAGUUCUAUGUGCGCUGUGUCGGAUUGUAGCCUGUGCGGGUUCAAGUGGAGGGGCACUAGCGGGUCCUGUUGAGAAAUGGGCUCAGCUUGCUCUCAGACGCUACCAAGCUGUUAGUGAUUCUGAUUUGUUACUAAUCUAUGUGCCACUACUACAUACCUGUAUAUCUAUUUGGGAAACACUUGGAAGAAAUAAAUCAGAACUCGUACAAGAACUCAAUGGUUUGCGGAAGAAAGGUAUGAAAGUAGACUCAGUGCCCAGUCUAAUGGAUGCAGUGGACGAUUUGAAUAUGACAUUUUAACACAAGAGCUUUAAAUACCACCACAGCUAAAAACAUGAGCCAUGAAGAAAUAGUCUGUAAGGGUCAAUUC